CCGAAUCACAACUUAUUAUUGCCUAGCAUACUAUUAUAGGUGGGCAUAUCGGGUUAGAUUGUUAUCAACUGAAGAUUGAAGAAACAAAUGAUUUUAAAUCAUAAAUAAUCAUUUUGAUACGAGACUUCGGACACGACGCGGACGGUAAUAAAAUGAUCAAGUUUUAUGGUAUGGUGUGUGUGACGAGUCUGUGGCUUACGUUUGUGAUUCCGGUUGAUCCGAAACCCAACAGUAAGUAUGUACCGUACAGGUAUAGAUUUAUUUCAUUUAAUUAACGGGUUAUAUUAUACACUUUGAUAGAAAAGAAAAAAAAAAAAAACAUUUGACAAUAAUUUAGCAUUUUGAGCAUUUUGCAACAAAAAAAAAUGGUCAAUGUUUUGUCUUUACUAAAAUUCAAAAAGAAAACAGGUAACCCGAUCGGUAGCACUUUCCAGUUAGGUGGUGUGCCCGGUAUCCAAAAUAUUCCAGCGCUAUUUGAAAUUCCCCAGUAUUUUUUUUUUUCUGUGACUAAUGUUGGACAGGUAGGUACUUUAUAAUUACACGAGACUGCGGCUAUUAUCGCGGGUAUCAUUUCUAUCCGCGCAAAUCGCCAUUCUCCAUCAUUAUCCAUAUUGUCAGACAAAAUAAAGUAAAUUCACCGAAAUUUUAAAAACCAUAAAUAUCAAAUUUCCUCCAAUAAAUAAUUAUUAAUAAAAAAAUUGUUAAUAAACAUCAAAUGUCCGUAUAAAAUGCCCUGUAUAGACCAUAGACGUGGUAAAAUUGUCAAAACAUUCGAGCCACUUUUAAUCUAAGUAAUGGACAUUUUAAUUUUGGCGAGUUUUUCGCGGAAUGUUUAUUCGGUAGGUAUUCUGUAGAUAAAAUUGUCGGACCAAACAGUAAUGCUUGACAAUUUAAAUGGAGGUACAUUAUAAGUUGUACGUAGCGGUCAACAAGAAGAAGUUGAGUUUAAUUUAAUAUAUAUAUAUUUUUAUAAGAAUUUUAAUAUCAAAUUUUGACGAAAAUCGUAAAUAUUACGGUCUUAUUUUAAACGUGUAUAACCGAACUCUGCUCAAAAUCGCUCUUCGUUAUCGAAGAUUAACCGUCGCGUACGGAUAUACAUUCAAUUUUUCUCCUCUGUAUCACACGUUCCUAACUUCUCAUCCACAACAGUGCCCCACCCGUCGUACGAAGUAUAUGUCCGUCUUAUUUUAUUUGCAUUAGCAUAUGUUUGUAUUCAUUAUAUUGUCGCUUACGUAAAAAAAUAUACUAAUUAACUUGUACCUAAUGACGUCCAUAUGGCUGAUAAAAAAUGUUUAAUGUUAACACGUUAUUGUCUAUGAUCAACGCUAUGCACGCACUGUUUGUUAAGUAUUGGAUAAUAUAAAAUAUAAAUAAAAAAUUAUUUAAUGAUGUAUUUUUCAUUUAACUUAACAUCUCAGCAUCCGUUUAAUUUUUUUUGUUUUUUUUUUACAUUUAUCCAUGCUAUUGACGAUCGCUGCGACUUCGAUGUUUUCCGAACUUUCUAUAAUGCCUUACGUCUUUGUGGCGAGUUUUAGCAUUGAUAUGUCGCACAAAUUGACAAAUCGCAACAAACCAAAAUAACAUAAACUAUACAUUUAUAAAAUGCCGAAUUAAUGGUUUUAAUAUAAUAUUUGUUAAAUUAUCACAUUUUACAUAAUUGCAUGCUGUAAGUAGGUAAAUUUUGUGUACGAACAUAAAUCGCUAAAUAAAGACCAUUUAUAAUAUGAACGUUUUCACGAACCCUUUUUCAGUAUUAUAAUUUAAAAUUCAUUAAAUUAUGUCACAUAAUAGAAUGGAGGAACAGGACACGACCGUAUGAGUUUUAAUUACCUAGGAUAUUUUGUAAAAAAAAAACGAUGGCUUUCAUGAGGAUGUGAAACAAGUAAUAAAGUAGAUAAAGUGAUAAAGUAGAGAAAAUGCGUUUUAUGUGAUAAGAGGAUUAUCCUGUCAAAUUUUCAAGCAAUUCUCUCGAGUCUAACAAUUUUAUCCACAGAGUACCACCGAAUAAAAAUUACUUAAAAAAAAACGACAAAAUAAUGUCUAUAAAUAGUUCAAAAAUAACUCAAAUGUUUUAAAAAUUGUACGACGUCUAGAAAAAGAAAUAUAAAUGUUCUGUCAAAAUUUCUACGAAUAUAUUUGACUUAAAACGAAAAAACAAAAUUGAAAAUAAUUUCCCAUUAUUUCUACGUUUCUUGUUUUUCGGCUAUGCUCAAUUAUUAAUAUAACUACAGUGCAGAUCAAAAAAGGUCUCUUGUCGUUUAUCUACUGGAGCGAUAUCUAUGGUAGAAAACAUAAGCCAUACAAAUUUGAAACACCUAAUGAAAUCGUUGUGCUUGUAAUUUAAAAAAAAAUUAUAUAUUUCGUCUUACUUGGUUUUUUCCAAUUAUUAUGAAAAAUACUUUGGUUAUCAAAAAACGACUUUCUCUAUCAGAGGACCAUAUGUGAUAAGGAACAAAAUCGAUCUUUUGUCAUUUUUCAAUUGGAGUAAUAUUUCUGGUAGAAAACAUCGUGUUAACAUAAUAAAAUCGAUGAAAACGGUAAUGCUGUGACACGCCGUAAUUAUUUGCAAUUUUACCUACAAUUUUUUUUUAGGUUUUCCCCAUUAUUUCGAAAACCCCUUGGAAAAUCAAAAAAAUGAUCUCAUCAAUGCACCAACUAGAGAAAAUAACCCUUUUAGAAAAGGGACUAUGAUCUUUACUUUGGGCCAAGUUUUCUAGAAAAGUCCGUUACGUUCUGAAUCUAAAAAAUAAAAAAAAAUUACAUACACACGUCAUAGUAAAACCAAUAAAUCCCUCGCUAUUCUUCUAAAAUCAUAUUGUUAUUUUCGAUAAGAAAAUUGAAAUCAUGUGUAUUAUAGUUUAUAUAGUAUAAUAUGUAACCUUAUGUCUUUAUCAGUGGCGUAGUGAAGGGGAGUGUUUUGGUGUUCAAACACCUCCCUUUGACUAUAUUUAUGCCAAAAAUUAUAAUUUUUUCUAUAUGCAAUUAUGCAUCAGAUUUCUACAUGAUGUGGCGUGUUACAUGCAAUGGAAAUUCAAACAAAAAUUCUUCACUUUGCCACUGAUCCCCCUAACAAAAGUUAUGUGUACACUGUACACUACUGCCUUAAUUUAUAAUUAGCAAUCUGAUUGAUAGAUUGUCCAUAAUAUGGAUAAAUAGGUAUUAAUCUAUACUAAUAUUAUAAAUCUAAAGAAUUAGUUUGUUUUUCGAACCAACAGUUUCUGGGAUUAGCGCAUUCAACCAAACAAACUCUUCAGCUUUAUAAUAUUAGUAUAGAUAAUACAAUUUUUCGCUACCAAGUUAAUAUAUUAUACUAAUUUAGUAGCGUUUCACCAGGUGUUUGAUUUUUCCAAAAUCGUCAAUCCAAUUUUCCAACUGCAUCCAUCAUUGAUGAUAUCAUAUAAAUAAUUAUGGAACAGAUAGACUUUCUUAAUUAUAUUUAAGUUAAUUAGUUGUUGUACCUACAUAGGUAUUAUUACAUUCAUUAUUGGAAAAUAUUAUUUUCAGUUCUUAAAAAAAAAGUUCACUUUAUUAAUUUGUUAUUUAAAAGUUAAUAAUGCCUAUUGUUUAUGAUACCUUUAUGUUGGUUUAGCAAUUCAAGUAAAUGUAGAUGAAAUUAUAGAAUGCUGCUCUUCAAAGGAAAAAAAGUACUCACUUCCCCCAAUAUAUUGUUAUCACAGCAAAACACAAAGUAUAUUUAGUAUUUUUCAAACGAUUAUGGUAUAAAUUAAAUUUUCACGUUGCCUAUUGGAAAAUAAAUGAUUUUUUAAGAAUAUUGUUUGUUGUACAGGUGGAUCUGAUAAUUGAAAAUACAGAUGAAUUUGAAGUUUAUAAAGUUUUUGACCAGAAUUUGGUAAAAAAAACAGUGGCAGAAUUAGAGGAGGAGACUACAAUUUUUAAUCAAAGAAUAUCAAAUUUUUGGAAACGGCAGGGUUUUGAACUGGAUCCAUUUCAGUAUUUUUGUUUUAGUGUUAAUACAAACGCUAAUUAUAAAAUAAGAAUUCACUCUAUUGGUAGGUUAUUUAAUACUUUUAACAUACCUUCAUUAUUUAGUGGCCUUUUACUGGGUUUCAUCCCUGGAGGCAUACUAUACAAUAUUAGAAGGGCUAUUUUAGUUUUAGGUGGAAUUGGCCAUUUAAACUAUAUUGAUGCUUCAUCUCUUGUCUUAAUAAAAAAAAAAUUAUAAAUACUACAUUGUUAUUAUUAAUUAUAAGUCUUAUAUUUUAAACUAAUACUAUGAAAUAUGUAUUAACUAUUUUUAAAGCACUAGACAGUAGCAGAGUAGCAAUAUUUUUAGUUGGAAUUUUUCUAUUUGGCCACUCAGCACAAUUAAGUCGUUAUUCUUUAACUUACUAUUUGAGUAGUAUUGUAAAUAGUAUAAUUAUAUUUAUCAUAAUGAUAUUAUUUUUCAUCAGUCAACUUAUACCUAAAGUAUGGACCUUUUGUGAUUUAAUGUGUUGUUUAAUGAAGUUUUCAUUUUGUUUAAUUAUUAUUAUUAUUAUUCAGGAAAAAUGUAUAGUUGGGUUUUUGGAAAAGGAUUGUAUUUUAAGUCUUCAUGAUAUACAAAUAUUGGUUAAAAAUCUCAACAUAAUCUCAAAUUAUAUAUAUGUAUAUAUUUUGUUCUUAUUGUUAAUCGGUUUUGAUGUUUAUUAUAAAUAUACACUAUACACGCAGAAACUAAAACCCACAAACUUUAUGAAAUGGACAUUACAGGUGAUUAACAUAAUUAUUAUUUACAAAAUGAAAAUGUUUGAUGUUUAUUUAAUAUUUACAAUGUUUGUAUAUUAUAUUACAGUUAAUUGGUUUGACUCUUAUCACAUUUAGUAGUUUCUAUUUUGAAGCUAUGAUAUUUAUCGAUAUUUUGAGCAUUAUAUUUCACUACCGUAAACUUUCUCUGUCUUUUAAGUAAGUGAACAUAAAUUUAAUUAAAAAUAUAGAAAUAUUUGUUGUAUUAUAGAUUAUUACCUAAAAGAAAACCAAAACUACGAUUUUUGUCUCAAAAUGAAUACAUAUACCAAGGAAUGAUUGAGACACCAAAGGCUCUUAUUGAACUGCACAAAUACUGUAAUAGACCAGACUAUGAUGUAUGGUAUGCAAUAAGCAGACUACGCGAGUAUAAAAAGUAAUAAAAUAAAUUGGGUAAUAAUAAAACGUGGGAAAAAUAGGAAAAUCAAAAUUUAGAAAAAGUAAUAUUAUCAUAACCAUAUAUUAUUAUUUUUUUCAAAUUUUGACUUUUCAUGUUUUACUAGUUGUCCAAUAAUAAUAUAUAUAUUUUAUAUCCAUUCUCAACAAUAUUAUAGAUUUAUUAAAUUUAUGAUGACAUCAGACCAUAUUACAGACACUAUUAAAAUAUCAGAAAUGGAAACUGACGAUGAACUCGGAGGUAUAACAGAUUUAGAGAUAGAUGGAAUUCACAGUGAUUUUAUCGGUGACCAUAAAUAUAUAGAAUAUUUAUUAACAAGUGAUGAUGAAUAA